GCCCACAUUCCUCUGUGGACCGCUUUUCCCAGCCGGACCGUGGAGAGAGUGAGUGUGGAGGAGGAGAGGAGGAGUCCAGCUGUACAGAAGGAGAAAUAACAAAUCAUCUCACAAAGAAGGGGUUUUAGAAGAUUGUCUUUGUACAAUUACACGAGGACCCCAAAAUGGCGUUCCUGUUGAUGACAGUUACUGUUCUGCAUUUGGUCACCCUGGCUAUGCUUUUUAUUGCCACCAUGGAGAAGUCCUGGUAUUCCUGGGGAGACAUUGAGAACACAGAUCUGUGGUAUAAAUGCACCUUUGAAAACGCCACUGGGACCUGGAUGUGCGCGACAGCCAAUCAAAGUGAUUGGCUGCAGUCAGUCCAGGCCCUCAUGAUCUUGUCUGUGGUCCUGUCUUCGAUCUCAUUCAUGGUAUUUCUCUGCCAGCUCUUCACCAUGUCUAAAGGAGGUCUUUUCUACUUCACUGGGUUAUGUCAAUUGUUUUCAGGUUUUGCAGCCUUUGCAGCUGUGCUUAUUUACACUUUUCAAAGGAAGGCGAUUCUUCAGGAUGCUCGUGAGCUGGAGAUGGGUCAUUUCGGUUACUGUUACAUACUGGCGUGGGUCUGUGUGCCUCUCUUACUUGUUAGUGGAGGCCUUUAUGUCCACCUGCGCAAACGGGCCUAAAAUCACACGCGCACACAUAGUUAAAAUUAUGCUGCAGAAGUUUCAUGUGAAGCUGUAGUUUUGUCUAAAAAAAUCAGGUUAUGAUAUAUCUUGCUCUUUUAAAUAAUUUACACUGCAAAAAAAUGAUUUUCAAGAAAAAAAAUUCUUAGUAUUUUUGUCUUGUUUUCAGUAAGCUAAUUUUUCUUGAAUUUCUCUUGUAUUUAGUGUUUAAGAAAAAUGUUCAAGAUUUUUUUGCUUACCCCAUUGGCAGAUUUUUUUUGCUUGUUUUAUGCACAAAAUCACUUAAAUUUUAUAUUUUUGGUCUAAAAACUAGACUUCUUUUCUUGGGUCAUUUUGCUCAUCAAGAAAAAUACAUCUUAAUGUAAGAAUUUUUAGAUAUUUUUACUGAAAACAUGUACAAAAUACUAAAAAAAUUUUUACUUGAAAAUCUUUUUUGCAGUGUAUGAUCUUAAUUCAGCACUGCAAAAAAAUUAGUAUGUUAGUAUUUUUGUCUUGUUUUAAAAAAACAUUCAAAAAAAAUCCUAAAUUAAGAUGUAUUUUACUUGAUGAGCAAAAUGACCCAAGAAAAUAAGUCUAGUUUUUAGACCAAAAAUAUACAAUUUAAGUGAAUUUAUGCUUAAAACAAGCAAAAAAAAUCUGCAAAUGGAAUAAGAAAAAUUAGCUUGAAAAUUUUUUUCUUUUUCAAAGACUUUUUUGUUCCAUUGUCAGAUUUUUUUCUUGUUUUAAGCACAAAUUCGCUUAAAUUGUAUAUUUUUU